AUGCGCUAUCUACACACCAUGGUCCGCGUUCGCGACAUCGACGAAUCGCUGGCAUUUUACUGCGACAAGCUGGGGCUGGAGGAAGUCCGGCGUCACGAGAGCGAAAAGGGGCGCUAUACGCUCAUCUUCCUGUGCGCGCCCGAGGACAAGGAGGCCGCGCUGGCCAACAAGGCGCCGCUGAUCGAACUGACCUACAAUUGGGACCCCGAGGACUAUCAGGGCGGACGCAACUUCGGUCACCUGGCCUAUCUGGUCGACGACAUCUAUGCGACGUGCCAGCGGCUGGCCGACAAUGGCGUGACCAUCAACCGCCCGCCGCGCGACGGCCAUAUGGCCUUCGUGCGGUCGCCCGACGGCAUUUCGAUCGAGUUGCUGCAAAAAGGCGACGCGCUGGCGCCGAAAGAGCCUUGGGCCAGCAUGGAAAACACCGGAAGCCGCGCGCCGGGGGGUCUCGCCAUCGUCACGGCCGCGCUGCUGGUGUCGGCGUGCACGACUUCCUCCCUGGACACGGUCGCGACCGGGCUCGGCCCCGCACCCGGCGUCGAUACGGGCACCAUGAUGGCGCUGAGCGACGGUGAAGCCCUGCCCGCUCCCGACGUGCGGCCCGCCGCGCCGAUCGGCGAGACCGCGCCGGUCGCCGACAGCGCCUCGGUGGCCUUUGCCGGACCGACGCCGACGGAGCCUGCACCGCUUCAGGCCGCGGCGGCAGAACCGACCUCCAUCGCCGAGGCGCCGGCGCAGUCCGUCAUCGCAGCCGAAGCCGCCGAGGCGGCAACACCGGGUUCCGCACCCGCUCCUUCGGCCGAAUCCCCGGCUCCCGCCGCGCCCGCCACCGACGAUGUCGCCACCCAGCGCAUUCUCGCGGCCAGCAACGCGCCGACCGCCAACGGCACCGAACCGGUCGAACCGGAACCCCAGGUGGCCACCGCGCCGCCACCGGCCAUCGCCGCGCCUGCCGCGGCCACCGGGAACCGUCCGGGUUUUCUCAAUGCCCUGUUCGGCAGCCGCCGCGAUACACAGGGCCGCCCGCGGCCUUUGGUCGCCACAGCAUCAAGUCAAAGCGCGCCUUCGCCGGUGAUCGAGCAGCCCGCCGCACCGCAGCCGGUGAUCGCCCGCGCGUCGGCCAGUGGCAGCACCGCCGCCCUGCCGGGUUUCAGCCGGGAACGGGCGCUUGGCAUCAAUCAGGGUGCGGUGACGCCCGAUGCGCCUGUUCAGCUUGCGUCGGCCGCCGGCCUGGCGCGUCUGGCGCCAAACGGCCUGCGCACACAGCAUUCGGGUGUCGAUGUCGCCUGCCUCAAGCCGGCGCUUGUGCGCCUUCUCAAGCGCGUCGAGCAGCGUUACGGCAGGCCCGUGGUCGUCACGUCCGGCUAUCGCAGCCCGCAACGCAACCGCCGGGCGCGCGGCGCCAAGAAUUCGCUGCACAUGUAUUGCGCGGCCGCCGAUAUCCAGGUCGAGGGCGUCAGCAAAUGGGAUCUGGCCGCCUAUCUGCGCUCGGUGCCCGGCCGUGGCGGCGUCGGCACCUAUUGUCACACCAAGUCGGUGCAUAUCGACAUCGGUCCCCAGCGCGACUGGAACUGGCGCUGCCGCCGGCGGAGCUGA